CUCAUGUUGUCCGUUUCGUUAACCAUCAAAACCUGGUGGAUACCCCCAUAUCUUUUAAACCCUCAUUUUUCCUCUCAAAAUCCACAACAAAAAAAUCAACAUGCUCAAGAGAUCAUUACCUGUUGAUCAUUUUCACCAUCGGAAGAACAUGAACAACAAGAAGAUCAAGCCAUCUUCCUCCUCUUCCGCCAGCGCCACCGCUGUUCUCAAUGACGAAAAUUUGCUGUAUGAGGUGUUGAAGCAUGUCGAUGCAAGGACGUUAGGCGCGGCGGCGUGCGUCAGUCGGCAGUGGCACCGGACGGCUCAGGAUGAGAGGCUAUGGGAGCUGAUCUGCACCAGACACUGGGCGAAUAUCGGAUGCGGUAGUAACCAGCUCCGUUUGGUGGUCCUUGCACUCGGUGGCUUCCGAUGUCUCCAUUCUAAUUACUUAUUGCCGUUAUCUAAGCCUUCCAUUUCCGUCGCAACUUCAUCGUCUUCUUCCACCGUCGCCGCCGCGACAUCAUCGUCUGCGUGGCCGUGUCUACCACCACCUCCACCGCGUGCGAUCGUUCCGGCGAAAUCUACCACCGUGAAAACUCGUUGGGGAAAAGACGAGAUCCAGCUCUCUCUGUCUCUUCUCUCGAUUCGUUACUUUGAAAAGUUAAAUUACAAUAACCGAAGCAUAUAAAUCCGUGGAAAUCUGACUGUAAUGAUCAAAGAAAUCGUUGAUUCGUCGUUUGAAUUUCGUUUUUUUUUUCUAUUUGUUUGUUUUUUUUGUAAUUUUGUAGUAUGAAAUAGUAGAUCUGAUGUUGUAUACGGCUGAUCUGCGGUGGCGAAGGAUGGAUGUUUGGUAGGUCCGACGACUUGUCCGCCAUUUUCCACGGCGGUGUUUGGGGGGUUGUCUUGUUGUGGGAGAUAUGAGGGCAAGUGUGAAAAGGAGAAAAAGGUGGGGGAGAGAUGUGUCGUAUUCGGUGUUGGCAUCAUGUAUGAAGACAAAAUAUAUAACAACAAAAACAAAAAGAUUAUCGUUUA